AUUCGCAGGGAUCAGGUUCAAAUCCAUAACUUUCAAAAAUUCAGUUUUUAAGUCCUGCACCUUUGAGGAUGUGACUUCAGUCAACACCUACUUCAAGAACUGCACAUUUAUUGAAACUGUUUUUAACAAAACAGAUUUUGAGCCAUAUAAAUUCAUUAACUGCAGAUUUCAAAACAGCACAUUUUUGUACAAUAAGACAGGAUGCCAGUUUACCUUUGAUGAUGACUAUAGUGCCUACUGGAUUUAUUUUGUCAACUUCCUGGGGACAUUGGCAGUGUUGCCAGGGAACAUCGUGUCUGCUCUCCUGAUGGACAGAAUUGGGCGCUUAACGAUGCUAGGUGGCUCUAUGGUGCUUUCGGGGAUCAGUUGUUUCUUCCUUUGGUUUGGCACCAGUGAAUCCAUGAUGAUAGGCAUGCUGUGUCUGUACAAUGGGUUGACCAUCUCAGCCUGGAACUCUCUUGAUGUGGUCACCGUGGAGCUGUACCCUACAGAUCGGAGGUAUGUUGAAAUGGGCCUGCAGCGAGAGGUGCUUUGA